CAUGUGAGGAAACCCGUCGACGUCGUCGUCAUCAUCCGCAGGUGGGGGCUCAGUGAAUUGGCGGAGGCGUCAUUGUCGCACCCUGUUUCCUACGCGAUUCAAUCGCAAGGCCGAGUGCAGGCUUGCCUUAACCGUUUUGGAGUUCAGUUCCCUGCGUCUCUGAGGAGAGCGAGACGAGCUGUGGUGUGGUGCGGUGCGGCAGCGAUGGGGGCUCAGGGGGAUCAGAAACUCACUAGGUCGCAAUAUGCGAAGGAGCCGAUUAGUGUGCAUUCCAAGAUGGUCACGUAUGUCUCUAUGACUGCGUUGAUAACGCUCUGUCCUGCGUUCGUCAUGUUCCUGUGGCAUACUAUGGUGAACCUUGAUGGCUCCACGACAAAAUAUCUCGAACUCUACAAAGUGGAGGGAAUUGAUGGAGUUCUGAAGACCUGGCCUAUGCCCACUAUGAACGCUUUGAAAAUCAUCUUGAGUUUUGCAGCCUUUGAAGCAUUUUUGCAGCUCUACAUUCCCGGUGAAGUUCACGUUGGUCCUGUUUCACCAGCUGGUAAUCGUCCAGUCUACAAGAAUAAUGGGUUCUCAUGCUACAUUAUCACUCUUGUGUCUUACUAUGGACUAUACAAGUCUGGGUAUUUUAAUCCAGCAGUUGUGUAUGACCACCUUGGAGAGAUAUAUUUUACCUUGGUCGUUGGAAGUUUCUUCGUCUGUAUCUUACUGUACAUUAAGGGUCAUGUAGCACCAUCAUCAUCUGACUGUGGCUCGUCUGGCAAUGUGCUCGUGGACUUCUACUGGGGAAUGGAGCUGUACCCAAGAAUAGGACAAAACUUUGACAUUAAAGUCUUUACCAAUUGUCGCUUUGGAAUGAUGAGUUGGGCAGUACUAGUUGUCACCUACGCUAUUAAGCAGAUAGAGUUGUACGGGAAGCUUUCAGAUUCAAUGACUGUCAGUGCAACCCUCAUGCUGGUGUAUAUUACGAAGUUCUUCUGGUGGGAGGCAGGGUACUGGAACUCCAUGGAUAUUGCACACGAUCGAGCUGGAUUCUACAUCGUGUGGGGUUGUUUGGUUUGGGUGCCGUCUGUUUACACAUCACCAGCUUUAUACCUCGUCAAUCACCCUGUCGAACUUGGCAUGCCUCUGGCAGCAGCCAUUACUGCAGCAGGCUUAUUGUGUAUUUGGAUAAACUACGACGCUGAUCUCCAGCGGCAAACGUUCCGCAAAACUGAUGGAAAGGCGAAAGUUUGGGGUAAAGUUCCCAACAAGAUUGUAGCAACUUAUGUGACUGAGAAGGGAGAGAAAAAACAGAGUCUUCUGUUGGUUUCAGGCUGGUGGGCUAUGGCUCGUCACUUCCAUUAUUUACCUGAGAUUUCAGCUGCUUUCUUCUGGACUGUUCCGGCACUCUUCAGCCAUCCUCUGCCAUACUUCUACGUUGUCUUUUUGACGAUUCUACUGGUAGACCGAGCAGAGCGUGACGACAAACGAUGCCAAACGAAGUACAAGAAGUUCUGGGACGAGUACAAGAGGACAGUUCCUUGCAAGAUUAUCCCACAUAUUUUCUGAGGAUUAACAACUGUUGUAUGAAAUACCACAGUUGAGUAGGGACAAGCUAAAUUUUGUGGAAAUGACCCCUCUGGAAUCGGGCAGCUUGGUCUAGGCGUCUUCAGAGGUUGCUCUACGGUAAAUGAUCAAUGGUUACCCACCACGAGCAUAUAACCCCAAAACCUGUAUUGGAUCAGAAACGCAGUCUAUCGUCGUGAUUCGUACGUCCGCACCAUGAGAAGCUGAAUACCGGGUAUCGAGUAUGUCCACCUUACGAUUGAGUAGCAUAUCACUUUAUUUAAAGCUAUCUUUCCCUAGACGUCGAUUGACGGUUAUUUCAUUCUCGUAUUUUUGCAUAUGAAUGUGUUGUUCCCCAGUCUGAGUUUAAGCAGACAAAGAUUUCUUUGCUUUGACUAUAUAAUGUACCUUUGUGUUUACCUGAACGUAAAAAAAAUAGUGAUUAUUAACAAAGUGUACUUGUCAUUUGUAAGCAAAUGAACAUUUUUAUUA